AUGCCAUCCGCUGCCUUUGAGAGCAUGUGCAUGCCUCGCCUGGACAUGUAUCCUCGGGCACAGGAAACGAAGGCCCAGCGACAACACGAGUUGAAGAACACGGCGAUGUGCAGGUUCUUCCUGGAGGGCAAGUGCAGCCGUGGCAACAAGUGCUCAUUCGCCCACACCAAGCAGCAGCUCAGGGAGAAGCCGGACUUCCGCCGCAUGAAGCUCUGCUGGGACUUCGCCUCCAACGGCACCUGCAAGUAUGGCGCUCGGUGCACGCACGCCCAUGGCCUCCAAGAGCUCCGGGAGCCCGCCCACGUGCCAGCGGCCGUCGGUCUCCUGCGUCGCCAGCUCACAGACACCUCCUCCGAAGGCACCCGCGAGCUCCGGGAUACCUCGACAUGGUACUCGUAG